AUGGAACCUGCCAAACUUACAACACCAAAGAAAGAAUAUAAGCCAGAUAAUUAUUCUGAUAUGCAAUCACACAAAAACAGCAUACUGAAAACCCAUCACAGAAACUCAGAGAGUAAAAUUUCGAUGGUUAAACAUCCAUACAUAGGCAUCAAAUGUUGCAAACUUUGCCAAGAAUUGGCUGUUGCUGAAAUAGAGCCAUGUCAUGAUAGUUUUUGCUUGAAUUGUAUGGCUGUUUUAACAGCCCAAUUACCAGAUGACCAUAGGUAUUUCAGUUGUAUAGAUGAUUGCAAAUCUUGGAUAAGUUUGGAAGCACUGGAAGCUUUCUAUAAAAGACCUUGUGCAAAACAGUUAGAGGCACCGAUAUACUUCCAAAUCAAAAAUGAUGUUUGUGGAAAUUGUAAAGGAGAUGGCAUAAUUAGGGCAAGACAUUGUAAUCACUCCUUAUGCCUCGAUUGUCUGCAAAAAUGCAAGCCGGAUGAAAAAUGCCAAACCACAAACUGCAAUAGUAGGAAACUUCCUCCAAAAUACCACUUUGAUUUUUUGAUAUCGUCUUUAUGCAGCGAGAAGUUAGACAAGGCUUCAAGAAAGGAUGAGACAAUGAGUUUAGUAAUUGACAACGUUUCCAGAUCACACAAAAACACAAUGAGACACGAAAAAUAUAAUCAACAAUCUUCGUCAUGUCCUGAAGCAAAAAGCACCGACAGUGGUGAUUUAAAGGGUAAAAGAAAAUUGGAAAAAGAUAAAGAAAUUCAGGAUGAAAGACAAUCAAAAGAGAAAAUUGCAAGGAAACCAGGGUCGAGGGGAUUAAGAAAUAUAGGCUUUUCCUGUUAUCGAAAUAGUAUUUUACAGAUUUUAGCAGAAACGCCUCACUUUUUGGAACUUUUAGGCAAAUCAUCAUCAGAAAAGAAAAAAGAAUGGAUUAUUUUGUUGCAGUUUAUUUUGGAAGGAAUACGAAAUAACAUAACCGAGGAAAUCGAGGAACAAUUAUAUGAAUUUCAUCAUGAAUUCAACAAAUUAAACCCUGAAUAUCGAGAAUAUGAACAAGAAGAUUGCCUUUCUUUUCUAACAUCUCUUUUGAAUGGUAUCCAAGAUGCCUUGACAGAACAACGUGGAACGUCGAAAGACCCCGUUCACGUAUUUAGAGGAAAAUGGAGAGACAAAUAUGGCUGUCAAAAUUGUUCGAAAGUGGAAUACUUCAAUGACAGUGAUUUCUUCUAUCUACCGCUACCCUACGCCGAAAAAAAGAACAAGGAGGCAACAAUUGGGUCUUGCUUUCUUGGCCUUCUGAAGGAAGAAGAAAUCGACAUCUUUCCAUGCUCUGAAUGUGGAUCUCAGAAAAUAACCAAACAGCUUGAGAUUGUUCAAUUUCCUACAAUUCUUGUUCUACAAUUUUCCAAAAUUCAGGAGGUUGACCUUUCUCAACAAGAAUGCAGCUUUGAAAAACGAAGAAAUUUUGUUAGAUUCUGGGAUAAUUUUGACGGAUUGACUAACGCUGAGCUGAAAAGGAAAAUUGGGGAUGAUACAUUGCGGCCAUAUCGGUUAUUUGGAGUCGUUGUUCAUUGGGGAAGCGAAAAAAGUGGACAUUAUAUUAGCUAUGUGAAAAUAAAAGGAGAGCUCAAAUGGAAAAGAUGUGACGAUUCGUAUGUUGAUGACAUAUCCCUAAAAUCUGUUUUGAAGUGUAAUGCUUAUCUACUGUUUUAUGAAAAUUGCGAAUCAGAAAUUAACUGAACCUUUCUAUGUUUUAAAAUGA